UGCCUCGGGCUCCCAAAGUGCUGGGAUUACAGACGUGAGCCACUGCUCCCGGCUGAAGCUCUAAUUUUUUAAUUUUAAUGAAGUCCAGCUUAUCAGUUAUUCCUUUCAUGGAUUGUGUCUUCAGUAUUCCAUCUUUUACUGUCGAAUUUUUACUUUUUCUGCGAUAUUUAGGUUUGUGUCUCAAUCUAAUAAAGAAGCCUACGUGAUCUCUCUCUAUAUCAACAACCCGUUACUAAUUGGCGGGAGGAAGUUCGACCUGCGCUUGUACGUUCUGGUGUCCACGUACCGUCCGCUACGCUGUUACAUGUAUAAGCUUGGGUUUUGCCGGUUUUGCACAGUGAAAUACACCCCGAGUACCAGCGAGCUGGACAACAUGUUCGUUCACCUCACCAACGUCGCCAUCCAGAAACACGGGGAGGACUACAACCACAUCCAUGGGGGCAAGUGGACAGUGAGCAACCUGCGGCUGUACUUGGAGAGCACCCGCGGCAAGGAGGUGACCAGCAAGCUGUUCGAUGAGAUCCACUGGAUCAUCGUGCAGUCUUUGAAGGCUGUGGCGCCGGUGAUGAACAAUGACAAGCACUGCUUUGAAUGCUAUGGCUAUGACAUCAUCAUUGACGACAAGCUGAAGCCCUGGCUGAUCGAGGUGAACGCGUCCCCGUCUCUCACGUCCAGCACUGCCAAUGAUCGAAUCCUUAAGUAUAACCUGAUUAAUGACACCCUCAACAUCGCCGUCCCGAACGGCGAAAUCCCAGACUGCAAAUGGAACAAGUCGCCCCCAAAGGAAGUCCUCGGCAAUUACGAGAUUCUGUACGAUGAAGAACUGGCUCAGGGCGAUGGGGCCGACCGGGAGCUGAGAAGUCGUCAGGGCCAGUCUCUGGGGCCCAGAGCAGGCCGAUCCAGAGACUCGGGGAGAGCCGUCCUUACCACCUGGAAGUGACUCCCACCCAGACCUUAUCAAAACUACUCACUCUACCUGGGCCCCUGCUGAAGCCCUAUUUUGAAAUUUCCCUUUUCUAGAGCUUUUUUCCUUUCCUAAGCCCUGUAAAUAAAUGAAGGCACUUCUUUGGAAGGUU